AUGACGCCUUCCAAGUUCCGUGAAACUGUCUACCCUUACCCGAGCAUGGCAACGGAAGGCAAGAACGGCAAGCAAGGCAAGCAACGAGCUUAUCCCGAACGAGUUACCUUGCUCCGAUCUCUCGGUACUAUCCAUUCUCGCGUUCUUUUGCGUCGCUCCAUGGUCUUUGCGAAUACUCUUGCAGGUUCCAGCCCCGUCUGUGCCAAAGAAACCUUGCGUGGUCAGAAGAGUCCCGUCAUGGCUAGCUGCAUCAAGCACCCCUCCCUCAUCGACUUUCCAUCUGCAUCAGCAUCGCACGUUGAUGAUACGGAUAUUACUGGAUGUCGGCACGGUUCGUCGCAACCCCGCGAAACAGAGCCAGGGCAAGAUGCUAUAUGCCUUGGCUUCUUCCGGGCCGCUCAUUCGCCGCCUUCGGGAGUCGUCGUGGCCGGUUUCCCGCUCCGCCACUCAGGGAAUGACCUGGAGCUUGAGGGAGAGCUCCAGAACAUCACCAACCCUGUCGGGCUGUUAACCUUGUUUUUCCCAGGCAGCGGGUACAAGUAUUCCAGGCCAGAAAUGUGGGUGCUUCCAUUGUAUCGAGUCGAGUGCCUGGCAGCUGCGAGUCGCUGCGACCCAUCGUCGAUUGCCUGGAGCUCGAGGCGCGAGACAAGCUAG